AUGUCUGACUGGAUCUUCUAUAUGCACUCCAACUUGUCCUCUGCCCCCUGGGAGGGCAACGGAGCAGCAGCAGCGGCUCCCACUUCUCCUCCUACACCUUGUCUAUACCAUGUCCUCUACCAAGGGUGUGGAGAAACCCAGAUGGUCUGGCACGGAGAGACAUACUGCCUGGUUGGUGGCUACCGGGCCUAUGGGGAUGCUCCUUUGGCCACCCCUGCAAAGGUGGAAGCAGGGAAGCCAGUCCCCAGGCGGGCGCCCAAGAGACAUCGAGCUGGGGCAGAGUCCGACCAAGACCUAGGCUGCCCCGCCCCCAAUAUUCGGACAUUGCAGCAUGGCGGCAGGAGGCUGACUCCACAGAAGGUCACUGGCUGA